AAUAGUUCCGACCACCAACGAAGCACCGCAUUAUUUCCUAGGUGCACUCAAAAUAUUUUCUUGAAAGUGGCAAGCACCAACUUCAAUAACAAUUUCCUAUCAAACUCAUAUCUCUGCACUUGGUAAUCCAAUAAUGGGCAACACAUCCUCAAUGCUGACUCAGUACGACAUCGAAGAAGUUCAACAACACUGCAAUCACGCAUUCUCACAGCAAGAAAUAGUAUCACUGUAUAAAAGAUUCUGCCAAUUGGAUCGAAACGGAGUUGGGUUUGUCUCUGCUGAAGAGUUCCUCUCAGUACCUGAAUUCGCCGUCAAUCCACUUUCUCAGAGAUUGUUCAGAAUGAUAGACGGAUUAAAUUUCAAGGAAUUUGUGGCUUUCUUGUCUGUGUUCAGUCCUCAUGCCCCUUUGCACCACAAAAUAGAGUUUAUUUUCAAGGUUUAUGAUUCCAAUGGCAAUGGCAAAGUUGCUUUCAAUGACAUGGUGAAUGUGUUACAUGAUUUGACUGGACAUUUUAUCUCGGAACAGCAGAGGGAGCAAGUGCUUAUCUGUGUCCUUGAGGAAGCAGGCUAUACAAAGGAUUCUUUUUUAGUUUUGUCAGACUUUGUGAAGAUUCUUGGAAAUCCCGGUCUGAAGAUGGAAGUAGAGGUUCCUGUGGAUUAAUAAGUUAAGGAGAACAAUCUAUCUGCUCCGCCAGUCAGGCUGAAACGUGAAUGUCACUGGUUGAUUGUGGUAUUUCGCAUUCUACUUCUGUAUGUUAAGUCAAUGUCCAAUUGCAUAUUUAAGGUAACUGGUUUUGAAAAUUUUAAUAUAUGCUAUUGUGUUCCCUUCAUGUUAGAAUGUUGUCCAUGACACACAAUUUUAAUUCUCUGUGCUGAACAAAUUAGCAGUUAAGUGAGAAAACCGAUUGCAUUUUUCGGCUGACAGGACCUGUUGUAUAUGCCCAUGAUUUUCGAACUAUUCAUUUUUAACUGAUUGGCUAUUUGAUA